AUGUCACACCCACGGCGAACUCCCGCUGGCACUCCACGGGCCCAGUCUAUUGGCUUUGAGAAGCGGACGCGGAGCGAAUGUGGUUUUGAUGAUGUCGAGUCGUCGCUGGCCCCAUUUGGCGUUUCGGCGUCCCAAACACACCAGGGCAAUCUCACCAAAAUCCUCUCUUACCUUGGCUCUCGAAACCCGUUCCCUGCCCAGAUAGGCAAGGACGAUAUUGUGUGGCUGCUGGACAAUGUUGCCUUUCGAGCCCAGAAUGGGAACUGGCAUGCCGAGUUUGUCGCCGCCGCUUUUGACCACCAGGCCUCGCCCAAGUUGGUCGAUCUCGUGGGCGACAUCGCGUCCAGGGUUGGCUUGUCCAAAGGAGACAAGGAGGAAGCCACCAUCGAGAAACGUAUUGCCCCCUUCGUCAUGGAGGUUUUGCCCGGGAGACAAGUAAACCUCAAGUUCGACAACGCUGCCGAUAUUCGUCUAGGGCCAGGCGGGAGGAAUGGCAUCAGCAGCGACGUUAGGAAGGUCACAGAUGGCCAAGAGGGGGCUGUCACCGUGUCCAAGGCUGUCGUCCCUCAGGGUGUCACCGGAAUGCUUGAAAUGAAGACUGUUUACGCGGAACCUGAGGGAUGGGCCGUCAUCUCAGAUGUCGAUGACACCAUCAAGGUCACCCAGACGAGCAGCCCAGUGGGCAUUCUACGCUCGACAUUUGUUUCCCAACCCACACCAAUUCAAGGCAUGCCCGAGCUUUAUGCCUACAUCCAGACCAUGGUGACAAGCUCAGCACCGUGGUUCUACCUUUCCGCUUCUCCCUACAACCUGUAUCCCUUCCUUCGAAAGUUCAGGGAUGAUUACUUUCCGCACGGACAACUUAUCCUGAGGGAUUCCAAUCUUAUGACUAUCUCGGGGCUGCUGUCCAAUCUUACACUUGGUACUGAGAAAUACAAGGUUGACCGAAUUGAAAAAAUCCAUCGGUGGCUCCCACGACGGAAGAUGAUUCUCAUCGGAGACUCGACGCAAAGCGACCCAGAGGCCUAUGGAGACGCAUGUAGGAUGUUUCCAGGUUGGAUAAAACUGAUCCUUAUUCGCAAGGUUGAAGAUAUUGCGGCUGUCGGGAUUCACGAGAAGAAUGAUCCACAAAGGUUUGAAAAAGCCUUUGAGGACCUUCCCAGGAGAGCUAUGGCAUGUGUUUGA